UUUAUGCAGGUUCAUGAAUGCUUGUGUUGGCCCAGAUAGCUGAUGAAUCGAAUGGAUACCAAUAUACCAUCAGCCUUUUCACAGCGUUGCAUCUGGUCAUUUUACUUCAAAUUUGGGAAGGCUGACAGAGAGGAAUGAUGUGGGAUCUUUGAUGAGCUUAGUUCAUAGUGGAACCCACCAUAACCAGCCUAGUUGCUAAAUCUGCCCCCCUCCUAAACAAGUCAAGAUGUAAACAGACAACAUGCAUAAUAGACACCAAGCACAAGUUGUGCAUAAUAGACACACCAGGCACAAGUUUCGCAUAAUAGACACACCAGGCACAAGUUGUGCAUAAUAGACACCAAGUACACGCACAACACCAAAACUAGAUGAUAUUUUCCUCCCGGCCCAAUUUGAAACAAGCCUUAGUCCCCCCAACCCUCAACUUGUCCCCAUUAAUGAGGAUUUGGAUAAGAUGACCCGAAUCCAGCUCCAAAACCUGGGUAAAAACCGUGUGCCAUCAUGCUCCACGAUGCAGUAAACCUGCUGCAUCAAAUAAAUUCAGGGAGUCCCAUUUGAUGUUGAUUUUCCGAUGCAAAAGUAGCAACUAGGAUUCACUCCCUAUAUAUAAAAACUAAUUGAUUGCCACCCAUAUUCCAUAUAACAACUUUUUUGGCUCAUUUUUUCUGUCUCUAAAAAAUGGCAACCCCGGAAGAAUCCUCAACAUUAGAACUCAUAAGAAAACAUCUUCUUGGAGACUUCACCUCCACAGACGAGUUUAUCAGUAAUCUUGAGUCCAGUAUAGCCAGUGUCUCUGUCAAACUAGAGAGCUCCCUUUCUGGGUCAGAACCCAACUCCCCAGUAUCCGACCAAAGUUACCAUAGUACCCAAGAAGCCUAUAGCUUUGAAAUAAAACCUGAAAUCAUAGACUUGACACCUCCUGAGCCCGUGUUUUCAGGUUCAAGUAAUCAGUACCCGCCACCUGAACCUGUAAAGAUGACAGAUAAAGGAGAGACUGUAAGGCAUUACAGGGGGGUCCGAAGAAGACCGUGGGGCAAGUUUGCAGCAGAGAUCCGUGACCCUAUCCGGAAGGGAAGUCGGGUUUGGUUGGGUACUUUUGACACUGAUGUUGAUGCUGCAAAAGCUUAUGACUGUGCUGCAUUCAAAAUGAGAGGCAGGAAAGCAAUCCUGAAUUUUCCUUCGGAGGCUGGACUAUCCAGCCCGCCGCCAGCCACAGGCAGGAAGCGAGGAAGAUCGAAGCGAGAAGAGGUGCUGCCGGAAUCUGUUGAUGUGUCAACGGAAAAUUGGAAUGUAAAGUGGAGUGGAGAAGUAGAGGAGGGUGUUUCAGAUGAGGAGCAACUGUCACCGUUAACCCAAGAAACCAUGUUGGCAAGGCUUUCUUAAAAUGAACAAAAGCUCACCACGUCAGCCAUGCCUAUGAUCAGAGAAACAAAAUCUAAUCCAUAGUUGGCUUGGAAUCAAAACUCGUCCACCUAUCCAAUUCCUUCAGGUUGAAUGUAUUGUUUGCGUAAAUAAUCGUGUGAUUAGGGUGAUGUCGGAGUGUUAAAAUGUAAAUGCUGGUAGUACCAUGAAUGAAUGAACAGAAUUUUGUCAAAAAAUCUAA